AUGCCGCUCUCCGAGCUCAAGCCAUUGCUCAAGUCCAUACGCCGCAGAGUAACGACGACCCAAGAUGAAGAUGAAAUGGAAAUGUCCGGGACUGUGGAAGCAGACGCCGCGUCGGGGAGUGGCCAAUCUGCGGUCCCGCGCCUAGCUCUACCAGAACGACCGCCCGCGUUUGAUGAGAUGGCAGCUUCAGCAAACAUAAGACCCGCGGCGAUCCUUUUCAAAAGGCUAAACAUCCCCAAACGCCUUUCGGGGCCGCCACGUGGCCCUCGGCCCAUGCCCCAGGCUUGGGCGGUCGCCAGCGAUGGGGGGAAGCGGCCUCGCCUUGGUCGGAUAUCACGAGGCCGUUUCGUUCCGCACCGGCAUACUAGGCUGGAAUCCAUCGAUGAGUCUCUGGACGAAACAGCCGAGUUGUCGACGGUGGAGGCUCAGGCUCAGCUAGCUUUCCAAGCGCAGUGUCCUUUCUGCCACGAAAUCUUGCCACGACAGAUGGAUCUGGACCACCACAUUGUCGCCAACCAUUCAGGGCCACGGCCUGAUGUUCCCAGAGUCAUAAGCACCGACCUGGGUUUCGACGAGGGCGACGACGAGUUGAUGAGACUGACUCGAGGGAAGUCGCCCGCAGAGUUUUUUACCCCGCCGACCCUCGGCAAUCCCUCACAGAACGCCAAUGUCAGCGAGGGAUGGAGAAGUGCCGCGUUGCCGGGUUUUCAGGGGACAUCAAACAUCUCCGAUCCACGCGAUCCACGCGAGCCACGGGAACGACCGCCACCGCGGGCGGGCUUUUUCGAGGGGAGGUUGAGCGAGCAUCAUGCGCCUCGCCUUGGUAGGCCAGUCUUGACUUCCGAAUUGGCCUUGCCCGUGGUUCCGUCCGUAACGCUUUCGAACGCAAGGAGCGAGGCAGGCCCAAGUAAGCCCGCGCAAGACGAGAACCGGGACGAGUCGUGCUCAUCGUACACUUUUGACCCUGCGAGUGUUCUGGACAUGGAGGCCAGUCAAUCUCAUGCCCGGCAAGAGUCGAUUGCGUCCAUCAUGUCCGACAAGAGCGCCUUGGAGGCGAGAAUGGCCAGGCACCUGCUGGCACUGUCGUCGUCCCAGGGGUCCCAUUUUGACACUGCCUCCCUGUAUAGUUCCCUGUGCAGUUCCGACGCGGGUGGCUCCGGAGCGUCCAGCGCGGGCCAAGCCCCGGCAGGGCGUGUGCCGGAAUGGAGUCGACCGUGGAAAAGACAGGGCAAACAAGGCCCAGGCGUGUGGUUGUGCGGCCAGUGCGAGCACCGGGACGAUGUGGAUGCUUUUUGCAACCACAUCUUUGCCUCGCUGGCAAACUUUGCUCCAUCAACACCCCGUCUCGACCUGCUCGGCCCGCUACAGGAGCUGUCUGCUGCGACAGACGGCCCGCUGAGAGACACCGACAGAGCCGAUCAUCAAUCGAGCGUCGCCGACCGCCGCACACGACCAGCCAGCAAGCCCAGCCCAGCCCUCCCCGUCAUGACCAUCUCGGCAGCGCACGAGGCAGACGCCCAGCGCACCCGCCAGGUCGAGUCGCUCCUGGCCACCCUGCUGGCCAGGUCUCCCAUCUACAGCCUCAUCCUGCCCGACAUUGCCCUCGAGACGGUCGCCCGCGGCACGGUGACGCUGCGCCUCACCCUCGGCCAGGCUCACCUCAACAGCAAGGGCGGUCUGCACGGAGCCGUCAGCGCCACCAUUGUCGACCUGGUCACCGGCCUGGCCAUCUGCAGCCACGACCUGCGCGACGCGACGGGCGCCUCGGUCGACAUGCACCUGAGCUUCUUGUCGACGGCGCGGGCGGGCGAGACGGUGGCGAUUCGCAGCACGGCGGAGCGGGUCGGCGCCAACCUGGCCUUUGUGACGGUGCGCAUCAGCAAGGGGGAGGGGGCGGCCGAGAAGGUGGUUACGCUGGCGCAGCACACCAAGUAUGUGAGGGGGACGGCGGGCGCAGCCGAGCCGAGCUGA